CAAAUAAACAUUCUAUUGAAUUUUGUUAUUGUUUAAAAACUAAUUAUGUUGUAUAUAUUAUCUCGAGAAAUUAUGAUUGCUGAUUAAUUUAUAUGUAUUCAGUUAUAUGGAAAUGGUAUCUUAUCAUACACAAUCGGUGUCUACUCAUUGAUAGAAUUCACUAAACUAAACAUCACAUAGGCAAUUCUUGGAAAGAGUUUUAAACAUGGAAGAUGAAAUAGAAGAUAUAGAAUUGCGGCCAGCUAGUGUACGACGCAAUGUCACCAUCAGGAAUAAUGUGGCGAGGCAGGUGGCUAUCAACUUCAUGCCUUCACGCCAAGCUCCCUAUAAUACGCUCCGGUUGAGGCGCGUCAACAGUGAAAACAAUGCGCUCUUGGAUGCCGUCUCAGACGCUCCGGAUCCUGAUAAGCAAGUGGACAUUAUUGUCAGGGAGAUGGAGCAGCAUCUCCACCUCAUGGAAGACAACCCUGUUUCUGAAGAACUAAGGAGGGAGGCCCUCCGAGAUCUACCACAAGGUCUAACGAUGAAGAGGAGCGUGCGCGCCAAAUUGUCCGCGUCUGUCAGCCUGCGAUCCAAGAGACGUCCCAUUUCUGUGUUCAAGAGAUUUAAAUAUAGGCUCAGUUUUACUUGGAAGCGGAUGCGAGAAAGUUUCCGAGACCUAAUUUUCUCCAUAGAGCUAUGGUACGAGCCCAUUCGCAACAUCGAGGGCCACCUGGGAUCCGCAGUGGGCUCAUACUUCCACCUGCUGCGGUGGCUCUUCGGUCUCGAUUUGCUGCUGAGCGUAUUCCUGGUUUCCUUUGUGGUGGUGCCCCAGGUGCUGCAUGAUGGUGGGAGGAAUACCACAGGAAGUUGGGGUUUUUUGGACUUUAUUAGUGGCAGGGGUGCUCUAGAAGAUUCCCCCCUAUUCUACGGUCACUAUCACGACGGUGCGAUCACGACAUCUGUACCGCUCACCUACAACAUGCCGUUUGCCUACUUCUUCACCAUGCUCUGCCUGUAUCUCAUGUUCUUCGGCGUCCUUUGCUACAGAACGGCGUACUCGUACCGGCGCAACUUCAUCGGGGCGGGCGGCGCGCUGCCGCACGUGUUCGCCAGCAAGAUCUUCUGCGGCUGGGACUGCGGCAUCGUGUCGCCGGCCGCCGCCGCGCUCACCGCCGCCAGCAUAUAUAACGAGCUUAAGGAAUUGCUUCACGAGCAGAACAAAGUGCGCAAGAACGUAUCGCUCUUCACCAAAGUGCUGCAGCAAUCGGUCAACGUGCUGGUGUGGGGCGUGGUGCUGGCAGCGAUCGGUGGGAUGCAGUACGGGAUCUGGGGCCUGCUGGGUUUGAACAUGCUCACCCCGUACUGGGAGGUCUGCGUGUCGCUGGUUGUCACCGUUGCGCUGGCGGUGUGCCCGCUGCUGUUCAAUUUUAUUGUUAGGUUGGAGUUCUACGCUCCGCGUACGGGCACGUACGUGACGUUGGCGCGCACGUGGCUACUCGAUAUCACUACGUUAGCGUUAGUGUUUGUUUACUGGGCUACGAGUGGCUCGCAGUGCUGGGAAACAUCGCUGGGCCAGGCCGCAUACCGUCUGGUGUUGUUGGACACUCUGGUGUCUUUGUUGUUAUUACCAGCUGUCGAGUUCCUCAGGAUGCUGCUGUUUAAGUUCAAUAUAACGGAGACCGGUCCAGAGUUCAACAUUGCUUACAAUUCAUUGACUUUAAUAUACAACCAGGCGUUAUUGUGGCUGGGCAUGCUAUUCUCGCCUCUAUUGGUAGUGGCCGUAACGAUCAAGUUCCUAUUGCUCUUUUAUGUGAAGAGGGUGUGUGCUCUGCGAGCGUGUUUACCAGCGAGGAAGGUGUGGCGUGCGGCGCAAACACAAACGGCUCUAUACCUUUUGGUUACUCUAUCGCUCUUCACUACAAUAUUUGGUAUUGGCGUUUUGUUCCUUGGCACAUCGUCCCACUCCUGCGGUCCGUUCCAGCAGUACGCCACCGUGCUGUCGCUGGUUGGCGAGGGUCUGCUCGGUCUAUCGGAAAGGCCGGCCCUGGCGAGGGUGCUGGCGUUCAUUGUGAGACCUGGAGUGAUAGGGUUCCUGUUUGUGGCGCUCUGCGUGUGCGUGUACUACAUGCGGGCGCGCUCGCUGGCGCAGCGCUCCAUGGCGGCGCUGCUGCGGCGCAUGCUGGUGCUGCAGGCCAAGGACAAGGACUUCCUGCUCACCGCCAUCGCCAAGGUCUCCAACGGAGAAUGGCUCUACAGCCCAAAAGUGGAGGAGAACGCUGAUAGCCACACGUGGCGCUACUUGCACGAGGUACGGAAACCGUCCAACGCGGGAUACCACCUCGACCUCGACAGACCAAAGGCCAGACCGACGUCCGGCAGACCCAAGUCUGACAGACCGAAGUCAGACGGCGACACAGACAGCUCGUUCAGCUGGCAAGGCUCCAGCAAUUACCUGAACGACCUGGAAGCGAGAAAGAUGAUUUGACAGGUAUUAUAUUGUGGUUUCUAAACGGGAUGUAUUCGUCACAACGUAUUUGAGGGUAGUUUUUCGUAUGAAUGUUCGUCUAUCAUACUAGACAGUUAGUCAUUUAUAUUGUAAGUUUGUGUACGGCCGGAAAUAUAAGUCCGACAAGUUGUAAUCUAAAAUUAAAUAAAUAUGGAGUUGUCUAAUAAAAAGGUUUUACUGUGUAUUUUUGAGGGCAAUAUUUUAUCAUUUAACUUUAAAGUAUCUAAAAAAAUAGAGGCUUUCUUGAGAUUACGAUAUUUUGGGGCACAGUAAAUGUGAAAUCUACUCAAAGUAGACUUAAAUCCUUCACAAACAUUGAGAUACUGAUAUAAAAUAUACAACAAUAAAUAGAUAAAAAUAUGGUAUCUUAAGAGAAAGGUAAAAAGCGGUAUUUUAUGUAAUAAUAUUUUCUUGAGAGUUGCUCAAAUAAGUGGCCAAGAUGUACGAACCGAAAAAUCCUGCCCAAUCAAAAGAGCCAAUAUCCUAUCUAUCUAAAAAAAAAAACUCGACCAACAUUCACAUUAUGUUAAAUUUUGGAUGUAUUUUCUACGAUCUAUGAUUUUACGGUGUAUUUUCUAAAUUCUAAUACGUAAAUUUUCUACUUUAAUAUUGAAGCUAAACAUCGCAAUAUUUAGGUAUUCACAUGAUGUAUUUUAUGAUGGUUGUAAUAAUUGCGAAGAUGUGAUAUGAAAGGUGCCAAAAUACGGAGGGAGUUCAUGUAAUGUGAUCAUUGAAGAUAUUUGUCUUCAAUUAUUUUGUAUCUUUAUUGUAUCUAAGAUGUAUUUAUGGAGGAGAUAAGAAGUAUUUUAAUGGAGUUGUUACAUAUCGCGGGAAGUUUAACCAUUCAUUUGUUUGUAUUUAUAAACUAUAUUAAAGAUGUAAUAACUUUUUUUUUGUGAAUUAUACUAAAACUGAUUUAUAUGUGAAACGUAUUGCAUAAUGCUAAUGAAACAUAUUCAAAAUUUAAGCAGUCAAGUUUACUUGCUAGAGAGAAUGACUAAUCUAUCUUUUAUUGCGAUUUUAUAAGGACUAAAUUUAUAUAUGUACAUAUAUUCAGUAUAUAUACUUACUGUACAUGUGUGUUUUCAUAAUAAUAGGGAUAAAAGCAAUAUGUCCUAAUAUUUAUUUCUAUUAAAAACUGCCAUUUUGGUCUUCCGAAACAAAGCAUAAUGAUAUAACCUGUUGUAACCUAACCAGUAUUAUUAUAUUUUUGUGUAUUAUAAAAUAAGAAAUAUAAUAUCAAAUUACUAUGAAUUUUUGUCAAUUGUGAGCAUAAUAAAAAAAUGCAUUUUCAUCAAUAUUGGUGUAUUUAUGACAAUAAUAUUUUUUAUACAAUAAACGAG